AUGCUUCGAUCAAUUCCUCGUCGAAUCCCUCGACGCCUUCCGACUCCCUCGUCCCCAUCUCGCCUCGCCCUGCGUUCCUUCACAUGCGGUUAUCCGCGGAUGUCGGUGCCACCGCUAUCCGCUGUUGAACCCCCCGUGUCGACAGCAUUACCAAGCGAUUCCUACCAACUUCUAUCGACGGCUGACAAGGCUGGAGCAGCUGAGGAUGCUUUGUACGAGCAACAGAUCAAAGAUGUGGAAGCGUGGUGGCAGUCGCCGCGUUUCGAGGGCAUCAAGCGGCCCUAUUCGGCUGCGGACGUUGUCAGUAAACGGGGCUCACUACAACAGACGUACCCCAGCUCCUUGAUGGCGCGGAAACUGUUCAACUUGCUGAAUGAAAGAGCGGCGGAAGGCAAACCAGUUCAUACCAUGGGCGCCAUUGAUCCGGUGCAGAUGACGCAGCAGGCCCCGAACCAAGAAGUCCUGUAUAUUUCCGGUUGGGCAUGCUCCUCUCUUCUGACUACUACCCAUGAAGUAUCGCCAGACAUGGGUGACUACCCGUACAACACCGUUCCGAACCAAGUCCAGCGACUGUUCAAAGCUCAACAACUGCACGAUCGCAAGAACUGGGACGCUAGACGGAAAUUGACCCCCGAGGAGCGGAAAUCUACCCCUUACGUAGAUUUCAUGCGACCGAUUAUCGCGGAUGGAGAUACUGGACACGGAGGACUCUCUGCCGUCCUAAAGCUUGCCAAGCUCUUCGCUGAGAAUGGCGCUGCUGCGGUCCAUUUCGAAGACCAGCUCCAUGGCGGAAAGAAGUGCGGUCACCUCGCAGGCAAGGUCAUUGUGCCCGUGGGCGAGCAUAUCAACCGGCUUGUUGCCGCUCGUUUCCAGUGGGAUAUGAUGGGCUCUGAGAACCUCCUGAUCGCCCGCACAGACUCGGAGAGUGGAAAACUGCUCAGCAGUGCUAUCGAUGUGCGCGACCACGAAAACCUUGCAAGCAAUGGAGCGGGAAGCGCUGCCCCUGCCGAGAUCGAUGCUUAUGAAUUGGACUGGGUCAAGAGCCACAAGCUUGUCACCUUCGACGAAGCUGUCGACGCACACCUCGAGAGAGAAGGGGCGGCUCAGUCCGUCAGGGAUGCAUACAAGACGCGAGUCCAGGAGAAUCCCGACCUCUCUAUUACCCGCCGGAAGGCCCUCGCAAGUGACUACACCAAGACCCCAGUGGUCUGGUCCUGGGAUAUUCCCCGGACGCGGGAAGGCUACUACCAUUACAAGGCUGGCUUCCCAGCAGCCACCAAGCGAGCCAAGGAAUUUGCCCCCUAUGCAGACCUACUCUGGGUGGAAACCGGCGAUCCCAACGUCGAGAAGGCUGCCAAGUUGGCCGGCGACGUACGGAGCGCCUUCCCCGGCAAGAAACUGGUCUACAACCUGAGUCCGUCGUUCAACUGGAUGGGACAGGGCUUCACCGAAGAGUCCCUCAAGUCAUUCAUCUGGGACCUUGCCCCGCACGGAUUCGUGCUGCAACUGAUCUCCCUCGCCGGCUUACACACCAACGCCACCGUGACAACGGAGCUUUCCCGUGCCUUCAAGGACGAGGGCAUGCUCGCGUACGUGCGCCAAAUCCAGGCACGUGAGAAGGAACUCGGGGUCGAGGUCCUUACUCAUCAGAAAUGGAGCGGUGCGCCGUACAUGGACGGGAUCCUGGGUGCCAUCCAAAGCGGCAACAGCAGUAGCAAGAGCAUGGGAGAAGGAAACACAGAAAAGGGUAAGAUCUUUUACUACUAUCACCAUACAGAGCCCUGUUACUAA